UUUCCUGGUAACUUUUGAUAUGUGUUUUAAGUUCCUUUAUUUCCAGUUUCAAGCUGUAGGGAGUACGAUCGAUGGUUAUUUUCUAUCUUAGCAGACCUCUUCUCCAUAUUAUUUCCAAUAGGAAUAGCAGUAAUCAUAAGCCUUCCACAAUCUCCAAUUGUUGGCUAGUUUUAAGAAGGAUUUUGAGAAAUCAAUAUCCUUAAAUCUGAAGGCAUUUUGACCUCCACGUUCAAUCUUUCUAAUAAACGGUAGCAUGUCAAAUGUGGACUUCCUCUUAUAUGACAACGGAAGACGUGUUACUUAAAAAUUUAAAACGCUAGAAGGUGUGUUGCUAUUCUUCUUAAAGAAAGAGACUUCGGUGCAAAUACGAAGGAAAUACUUUAAAGUAUUUCAUGUUUUCUUUCUUGAACAAAAGAUAAUAUUUCUCUCUCUCUCUCUCUCUCUCUCUCUCUCGCUUGCUAAAACCUACUCGCUUGCAGGUCUUCUUAGAUGCGGAAAGAGCUGCAGACUACGAUGGAUGAACUACCUGAAGCCAGACAUCAAGCGUGGCAACAUCGGGCCAGAUGAAGAAGAUCUCAUUAUCCGACUUCAUUCGUUGCUCGGCAACAGAUGGUCUUUGAUAGCUGGAAGGCUCCCUGGUCGAACGGAUAACGAGAUCAAGAACUACUGGAACAGCCAUCUCAGUAAGAGGCUCCGAGAGCAAGGAAUUGAGGUUAGAGAAGGGACCUCCAAAGGUACAUCAAAGCGAGCCCGGGCAGCACAAAAAAAGACCGAGAACACUAAUAACAAGAGCAGCAGCCAUAACGGCAAGAAUCGACAAGGCAAGAGAAGGAAAAAGAAUGAAGUGGAAGGCACUGGAGAGAUUACUAGGACUAAGAUCUACGUUCCAAAACCCACAAGGUUGGGACCAACCUCGAGGAACUAUAAUCUGAUGGAGAAUAGCAGUGGGUCAGAUAUUCCUCAGAUCGAAAAUACUGCUACAUCGGAGGAACAGAAUGGAGAUACCAGCAUGGAGGAUUUGGGAAUUAUUAAUUGGUCUGAUAUCGACCAAGGUGGCUUUUUCUUUGGAGAAGAUGUUUCGAACCAUGUUCCAGCUUGUGAUUUCCCCUCAAAGGAUAGACUACUUGAAAGGCUGUACCAAGAGUACUCUGAGCUCUUGAACCCAGAGGGAGAUCAGGUUCAGAUGAAUGCUUUUCCUCAGACCUUCCCGCUAUGAUGACUGAUGAUAGAGAGCAGAGAAGGAUUACUGCGAAAGAGAGCGACAAUCACUACCUGAAGUCGUCAAAUACUCAUCUUCCAUUCCUUCCCUUUGUAAACUAAAAUUGCCAGCCAAUAAAUUGGUCCAUCACGAUAUGUAAUUCUGUGGACUCAAAGCCUACUUCGCAGUAAUUCGAUAGAACAACUGAGUUUAGUUCGUCAAUAAAAUUUAGUCUACACGGAUGCUGUAAAUUGACAAGAUGCUUAAACUACCUUGACUUUUUGAUGCACUUACACGUUUGCAAUUGUGUCAAGAUUCUCAAUUA